AUGGACAUGAACAAGACAAACAGGCAGGCCAGACGUGUUUCGAGACGGGAAAGCAAAGGAUAUCUAUCACAAGAUGUCGCUCCGCGCCCUCUCCCUCCUCCCCUCCUCCCCUCCGCCCUCGCCGCCUCCUCCCUCCUCGUCUCCCACUUCGAAGGCACCCUCUACUCCCUCGCCCUCGACGAUGCCGCCUCUUCCCUCACCAUCUCCGGCCAAGUUUCCACCGGCGGCGGCAUGCCCUCGUGGCUGACCCUCGACCGCGAGGCCGGCAAGGUCUACGUCACCGACGAGGCCUGCUGCCUGUACGGCGGGAGCGACGGCAAAGCCUUCAUCGCCGCAGCCCAGUACAACGGCGGCGCCCUCAUCAACUACAAGCUCCCCAUCAGCCCCUCCUCCCCCACCCCCAUCCAACACCUCAAGUACACCAUGUCCGGCCCCGGCCCCAAGCCCGACCGCCAAGACGCCCCCACAUCCACUCCACCUUCACCGACCCCAGCGGCCGCUUCCUCCUCGCCGCCGACCUCGGCGCCGACGUCCGACAUCAACGUCCUCUACACCGUCAACGAGCUCGGCAACAGCGUCACGAGCUGGUCCGUCGCCUACCCCGCAGCCGGCGGGUGCCUCACCCUCACCCGCGGCAAGACUAUCGCCACCCUCCCCGCCGGCAAGAACCCGCCCGCCGGGUCCAAGGCCUCCGAGAUCCGCGUGCGCGACAACUUCAUCUACGCCUCUAAUCGCUUCGACAAGAGCUUCGGCCAAAACGAGGACUCCAUCGCCACCUACGAGAUUGACCCCGCCACUGGCGAGUUUUCCUUUACCUCCUCCAACGUGGCCAUCGUUGAGCGUGACCCUGCUACCGGACGGCUCGGCGGCUUGCUCGCCAACCUUGUCGUCGGUAGGCCCGGAGCGGAGAUGAACGAAGAUGGUCUGAGCGCUGUCAUCUGGAACGAGUAA